AUGCUCCACUUGCAGGGUCCACAAAUGCUGCAGAUGCUUAAAAAAUCCUUGUGGAAGAGCCUUCCUGAGUCCUUAAAGGUUUAUGGGACCGUCUUUCAUAUGAAUCGGGGAAACCCAUUCAGGUUAAAGGCGCUGGUGGACAAAUGGCCUGAUUUUAAUACAGUGGUUAUCCGCCCUCCAGAGCAGGAGAUGACAGAUGACCUUGAUCACUACACCAAUACUUAUCAAAUCUACUCCAAGGACCCCAAGAAUUGUCAGGAGUUCCUUGGUUUGCCAGAAGUCAUCAACUGGAAACAACAUUUGCAGAUUCAAAGUUCACAGUCUAGCCUGGAUGAGGUGAUAGAAAAUCUUGUAGCUAUUAAAUUGGGCAAGGUCAAGCGAACACAAUGCCUUCUCUAUAUGGCCUCUGAGACAACAAAGAAAUUGGUUCUUUCCCUGUUGGAUGCAAAGAACUUAACAUCCAAUGGUGGCAAACACAAGUCCAUCAACCAAGAGACAUUUAAACUCUCAUCCCUGGAUGUCACCCAUGCUGCCUUGGUAAAUAAAUUUUGGUAUUUUGGUGGCAACGAGAGGAGCCAGAGAUUCAUUGAGCGCUGUAUCCAUGUCUUUCCCACAUCCUGUCUACUGGGUCCUGAGGGGACCCCUGUGUCCUGGUGCCUGAUGGACCAGACAGGAGAGGUUCGGAUGGCAGGCACCAUGCCUGAGCACCGGACCCAAGGUCUCGUUUCCCAGGUCGUCUGUGCCCAGAUCCAGGCUAUGGACAAACUCGGCUUCCCCAUAUAUUGCCAUGUGGAUAGAGCCAACCACAUAAUGCAAAGAGUGAACUUCACCCUGCAGAUUGUCUCCGUGCCCUGUGAUUGGAACCAGUGGAACUGCGUGCCUCUGUGA